AUGCUUGUUGGUUAUCUCUUUAACUCCAAAAAAUACUCACAAGGCCAGGUCCUGGCAGUGGCAAUGCUUACUUUAGGUGUUAUUGCUGCAGCUUUAGCUGAUGCGCACGAGAAAGGUCAAUCUAUUAAAAUCGAGAGUGAGAGGAGCGAUCAGACUUUGACUAAUACCUUGAUUGGUUUUACGAUUCUUACACUUGCAAUGGUACUUUCUGCAUUUCAAGGAGUUUUCGCAGAUCGCCUCUAUGAGAAGUAUGGCAGAAGUCAUUGGAAGGAGGCCCUGUUUUACUCGCACACGCUCUCGUUACCACUCUUCAUACCAACAUAUCCCCAUCUUCAGGUUCAGUGGCGGGAAUUAUUUUCAGCGCCCUCGUUACUUCCUAGGAUCACUGCAAUUGCAAGAAGUGACGUCUUAGAUUCUACACUGUCGCAGAAGCUUCGAUCUAUUGCUGCUGCAGAAACUUCACUUCCCGAGACUAGGUCUAGGCUGCUUGUAGCCCUUGAAGUCUCCAGUCUCGCUCAAUCUACUGUUGACUUCAUUCCAAUGCCGGUGGUUUACCUUAUAAUGAACGCCUUCACACAGUACCUCUGCAUUCGUGGGGUUCAUUUUCUCUCUGCAAAAUCGUCCUCCUUGACUGUUACAAUAGUGUUGAACAUUCGAAAACUGCUUUCGCUCAUAUUGUCUAUUUACUUGUUUGGAAACCGACUUGCACCAGGUGUUCUUAUUGGUGGUCUGUUCGUCUUCUCGGGAGGUGCAUUGUAUGGCUUCGAGGGUGCGCGCUUGAAAAGAAAUGGUACAAAGACAAAUUAA